CCUGAGUCCGCCAACCCAAAGCUAAGCUCGUGCAAAGGAUCCCGCGUCUCGCUCGAUACCUUUCAGUCAAGAGAGCCUAGUCGCUGUCUUCCUACUUUUUGGACUCAAGUCGCAUUCGUGCGCGCUAUUUUAGGCAAGAUGGCUGCGAACAAGAAUGGAAAGAUGAUCAACUACCGGAUGCGGGUCACACUCAAUGAUGGUCGACAGAUGACCGGCCAGAUGCUGGCAUUCGAUAAGCACAUGAACCUUGUUCUCGCCGACACAGAAGAAUUCCGCCGCACCAAGCGCAAGUCGAAGGCCGCCCCCGGCGCCGCCAACACCCAAGUCGAAGCAGAGGAGAAGCGAACCCUCGGUCUCACUAUCGUCCGCGGUACUCAGGUCGUUUCCUGCUCCGUUGACGGUCCCCCUCCUGCCGAUCCCUCUGCGCGACUCGGUGCUACCGGUCCCACCGGUGCUGGCGCUGCUGCGACUUUGGCGGCCGGCCCUGGUAUCAGCAAGCCCGCUGGUCGUGGCCUGCCCAUUGGACUUGGUGGUCCUGCUGCCGGUGUCGGUGGCCCCGCUCCUCCUAUGGGCGGUUUCCCUCCCGGUGGUUUCCCUCCCCCUGGAUUCGGUGGUCGUGGAGGACCCCCGCUGGCUUCGCUCCCCCUCCUGGAUUUGCUCCUCCCGGUGGUCCCCCCGGCUCUUUCGCUCCUCCUCCCGGAUUCCAGCCCCCGGGCCAGGGACGUGGAUACCCCCCGCCGGGCUUCGGCGGUCGAUGAUUGGAUAGGUGUACAUUGA